UCAUAAUUUUUACCAUUGAUGGAAAAAGAUGCAAACAAUGUGUAGUGGUGACCUUACAUGCAUUGGAUGGGGACUCUAAAGUCUUGUCUUCAAGGCACACUUGUGUUCUUAACAUUCUACUUUCACGAUUACUCUUACAACAGGGUCAAAAGUUCAGUCUUAUCAUCUCUAACCGAAAUUAGAUGCGUAAAAUAUACUCAACAAUUCGGGAUUGUGCAAGAGGCAGAAUUCACAGUACUUGGCAACAGGUGAGCCCAACUGGAUUCUUGAUACGUGGCUUCUUGAAGUGCCUCGUAAGCAACAUUGUACCUUCACUUCCGAGGACCCAAAGCAUGUACCCAAAGAAAUCCUCAUAGUAUACAAAAAAGGAGGCAAGAUCAAAAUCAUGUGUGCCAUCUACACUUCUCUUCCCUUUUGGCCAUGUGAAGAUUACGCGUUUGACGUAUUGUAUAGAUUUCCAAUACCCACAAGAUCACGGUAAUUCUACUCUGGGCUGGUCCUCGAAUCUGAGGGGGAUGGUCAGGCGUUUCAGGAUAUGCACUUAGAGUUUUAUGGUCCACAUAAGAAGGUCGUAUGGGGAGCACGUGUCACCGUACGGUCAAAACCGUACUGACUUAUGAUCACUCUCGCUACCGUCAUCUGGCAAAAAAUGAGAAAUUCAUAUUGGAAUGUUGUUCUAAAAUGUUUCCUCCUUAGACAUGAGGAGAUUUAUGGCGGCACUUUCUGUUGCAAUACAUCGGUCUCUGUUGUGAACCAAGUUCCAGACACCGGCGCCAAAUUUAGAGAUGAUUUUAGAGGUGGCACAAUAAUGGGCCGAGUCUACGAGAGUCUGUUGCAGACGGAGUUAGUGGUCAGUAAUUAAAGAAUCUUGACAAAUAUAUUUGCCUUUGACAAAUUGCAAUUCGAACUGCGUGAUUGUAUACUGAAUCGCCCUAGUGUGUCGGCUGCACGACCUCAUUGCAGGCUAGUAAGGCGGAAGAUCUCGCUGUGUGUCCCAGAAGGUCAUCAGAAUCACUUGUGUCCUGUCGUUGCUAUGCCCUCAACGUUAUUUUGGUUCAUAAGAUUGUUGUGAGUUUCAGAGACUUCUGUGGGAAAGAUGUAUGAAAAAAGUCGGAGGUGAUGAAGAGCACGAUGGAGAGACGUACAGAAACUCAAGCAUCUAAAUCAAAACAUUUCACUUCAUUGGGACAGAACACGACACAAGACUUGUUGACCUUUGAUGUUCAGUAUCUGGCGGGCAGGAAAUGGAGGAAAUGGGUUCUGAAACUGCGAGAGAAGAUACCAACAGUGCUCAGCAGUGCGUGCGAGAGUGUCUGUAAGGUUCUCCGAGUCCAUUGUGUGACUUCGUAUGAGGUGCACCCGGGCACAAUUCCAAAAAAAGUCCUCUGGUUGAGGUGGAGUAUCUGGAGGAUGGGGACACGACAUACCCGAUAGGGACUACAUUUAAGCCUUGCAACGGCCAUAGUGCUCCGGGGCUGUUCCGAGUGAGAGGGUAUCUCCCCAUUUUUCUUUGGUCAAAGAGGACGGCGUGACAAGCAAAGAGAUCCAACAGGAUCUUGUAAGAGCAUAUCCUUCCCGAGAUGCGCAGUUUGUGUUGCAACAAGGCAAGCACCACACAAUCGUCUCAUUCUGAGCAGUGAUCAUCCUUGUCUCUCUCCGGGGCCUGGCUAGCUGGUACCGUGCUUCACUCAAUAUACUCUUGUGAGCCCCUAGAAUUAAAUUUUUUAUAUCUCCACCAGUCUAGGUCUGAUCCGGUUUUAUAAUAAUUUCCUCAUAAAGAUAUAUCUCGCAUCUGACGAGGUCAUUGUGCCUAGAAUUUCCAGCAUAAGACUGCAAUAAACCACAUAUGGACGAAAGAAUUUUUUAGUUUCCAUUCUUGGCAAAGUGGUACAGAUUAAAUCCCCAGGCGACAUUUUCUACAGUAGAUCUCUUCCGGUCUGAUUGCCCAAGAAGUCAUGCAGUACUGUAGUUCGUUUGGGUAUUGAGAAAUAUUUGACGGGCUCGAUCAAGGU